CGGCCGCGGUCUCCAUCGUCGACAUACAGUGCAAAAAAACUGCUCUACAUUCGUGCUCUACUCCCACGCGUGUCACCAAUGUGUCCUCGACCGGAUAGAUUGGUGUGUACAUGGCUCCGCCAAACCAGCAGCGAGCGCGCCGAACGAUCAAGGCGUGCGUGAUCUGCCACAAGAAAAAAGUGCGAUGCGACAUUGAUGAAGUUGGCGGGGAUCGAUGUACGCCAUGCACUCGAGAUGACUAUCAAUGCGUACCUCGCGAGCGCAAGCGGAAGAGGUUCACAUUCAGUCCUUCCCCGUCCGCAGACCAGAGGAGAGUGAAAGCGCAGGAUGAAGCACCUUCUCAAGAAGCUGCCAGAGACAACUUUGCAAUCAAUCACGCAGCAAGUGGGAGCUCGGGCGAAGGAAGCAAUUCUGUCUUUGUUCCCAACAGCGCCGCAACGUUGCCUGACCAGGAGCUCAAGUCCGAGGUCGAACUCGGCAGAAGACUGUCAAGCACCGCGAGUCUGCAGGAACCUCCACUUUUGGAUCGUCAGUUUGAUCCCUCGCUCAACUCACCCUACGGAAGCAUCCCAUCUAGCAUGCCCGAGUCCACCUAUAGACCCAAGAAUAGCGUCAGUUAUCUGGGAAGAUUGGAAUACCUCCGUGGUGAUCUUCCUGUCGACGAUGACUCAGAGCUUCCUAACAAGGUCCCACAUCGAUUCUCAACCUCCGAUAUUGAGAUCCUGCGAAUUCAGCAGGUAACUGAACUUCCUCCCCGAUCGGUCCGAGAAAGCUUGUUGGAUGCUUUUUGGACGCGAUGCUACCCGUGGACUCCAGUCGUGGAACGCAGCUGGAUCGACGAGCGCAGCCCUGGCACAACAUCUCUCCUCCUUCAGCAUGCUAUCUUCCUGGCGGGUAGUAGAGUCAGCGCGCCUGUGCCGAACUACCCUUCGGAAGACUUCUACAAGAAAGCUAGAUUGCUGUUUUGGAUGGGUGCCGAAGAUGACCCUAUCAUCAACAUCGCGUCGGCAUGCCUACUGCAAUGGUGGAACCCUGAGGGGCCAGAGCGGGUAUCAUUAGAUACAAGUAGCUUCUGGGUACGUGUCUGCGUCGGUCUUGCGUAUCAAGUCGGUUUGCACCGAGAGCCGAAUGGAAAGCUAGAUGCCGGUCUGCGAAAGCGAAUCUGGUGGUCGCUUGUAACCCGCGAUUGUCUGAUCAAUGCAGGCCACGGUAGACCUCGCGCAAUCGAUCUGAAGCUUGCAGACGUGUCACCUAUCUCUGUCUUGGAUUUCGACGGUGUGGCGGCUUCUGCAGACCUGUUUGCAGCAUAUGUGGGCAUCUCGUGCAUUUUAGGUGAUCUCACACAGAGCUACUUACGCAAGCAAGGUUUGCAGGAGCAGAAGAAGUCGCUCGAGGACAGGCUCUUUCGCUGGCUGAAGACCCUGCCGGACCGUCUACAGCUGUGUAGAGCCACAGAAGAGCGAACACUCAAAUCAUACAGCUUCGAAGCCCGUCAGCUCCAUGUUCAAUACUUCACAGUUCUGGUUAUUCUCAACAGACCACUUGAUCCAAAGCUAGCACCAUCGACAGCAGCACUGCUCGCGUCUUCGUACAUCGCUGGCAUCUUUGAGGAUUUCAUGGCGCGCGACGAGCUUCGCUAUCUAGGCCCCAUCUUCACUUUUUAUUGUCUGACUGCUGGCAUGGCACAACUUUCGUGUUAUCGCUAUUCAGAGAUGGUGACUGUGGCUGAACAGAAUCUCAAUAUCAUGGCCCGAGCGCUCGAGGAGUUGAGCAAGAGAUGGCCUACUGCUGUCGGCAGUCUGAAACAUCUAAUGGAUGUUCGUGAGAAAGCAACGCAACGUCCUCAUAUCGGCACAUUCCCCGAGAUCAGCCUUCCAAGUACUACAUCACAGUUUUUCUCCGACUUCGGUCCCGACCUAUGUCGAAUGUGGCACACAAUUCAUCAGCGGUUGCCUCAAGCUGCGAACUUUGCACCACGGGAACUCGAAAUGGCUGGCAUCCUGCAAGGCUUGCGCACGCCCAACCAUCACCUUGAUCUCGAUAUUGCUGCUGAUGUCGCCGCGCAGCAUAUGAUGAACAACCAAGUCACGACUGAAGUUUCAGUUGAGCCUACACUCUUGCAGCCGCAGGAAUGGUUCGGCCCGUACGCUAUGGGCAACUGGCUCAUGACCGAUUGGGAUCAAGGCGGCCUUGGGUGGUAGAUUACCAUUACGGCCUUCGCAGAGGAGCCUUGCAUGAUCUACACCCGCAGCCUCGAGGCGAGCAGCGCAGAGCAAGCGAGUCAGUCAAGAACUCGAGAUGGCAAGUUACCGAGAACUGCCGCCUACUUGCAGGGGUCCAAUGUACCCCACAUCUCCGCACUUCGCGCGCCGAGGCUUGCUACCCGCCCCGCUGUUGCGGUUCGCAAAUCCAUGCAUCGUCAUCAUUAGUUUUGGCAUUUUGUCAACAACGUGUGAUUGCUACAGAGUAGUCCUCGCAGCAGCGAUUGCAUCGACGCUUUGAC